AGUUGCAACUAUGGGUCCCCAAGAGCGACACUGUGUGCUGCUCAUGGAUGAGAUGCAGCUGACACCUGGCCUGGAGUAUGACUGCACAACAAAGACCGUGAUUGGGCAAACAACUUUGAAAGGCUGCAAGCUGCCGAGCAAUGAUGGCAUCGUAACCUUUGCAACGCAUGGGCUGGUGUUUAUGCUGGCCGGUCUAUCCACAAGGUGGAAACAAGUCAUUGGUUACCAUUUCACAGGCAGUUCUGUGUCAUCGGACGACCUGAAAAAGAUUGUCUUUGAGAUUAUUGUGGAGUGCGAGAAAAUUGGUCUUGUGGUAGAGGUAAUCGUUUCGGACAUGGGCGCCUGCAACCAGGGUUUGUGGAAACAGUGUGGAGUGUCGGCAACUCGGCACAGUGAUCCCAUUGUCUCCUGCCCCCAUCCGUGUGCUGUUGAGGGAGAGAACAGAGACCUCUUGUUUUUUGCCGAUGCCCCACAUGUGCUGAAAAACGUCCGGGGUCACCUCAUACGUGAACAAACAAUAUUUUUGCCAAGAGACAUCGUCGAGAAGCACAGCCUGCCAACAAAUGAGGUCUCUGUCGCACACAUCAAGGAGCUGGCUGCAAUUGAUGCCCGUCAAGACCUUAAAGUUGCACCGCAUCUAAAGGAAAAGUACUUGGAAACCAACCAUUUUGAGAAAAUGAAUGUUGCCAGUGCAGUGGCAGUUUUGAAUCGUGCUGCGGCUUCAGCAAUCAGGUUGUUUGUACAGAUGGGGCAGCUCCCACACUUUUUACAGUCCUCACCAGUGCCCAUACAGGAGGAGGAAGUCUUUGACCCUCACUUCCUGCCAGAAGUAGUAUUGAGUGCAAGUGAGCAGGAGUCCAUGACUUACCUUGCUGGUUACACCUCACGAGCCAUUGUGAGAAAACACAAACUCAGUGAAGAGUGCACUUCAUUCUUGAAAGAAGCACCCGCAACAUCAAACACUAGCCUGAUUAAGCUUAAAUCAUACACCCCAAACAAAGCCAACUCACUGUUCACACCUGCUCGCAACGUGCUUGAACUUCUGCAGCAUGCAGAGAACACAUUCAGAGUGAACGAAAAAAAGAUCCUGAACAUCAGCAUUGACAAGUUGACUACUAUGGUGCUUGCCACAUAUCUCGGGAAACCAUUGCCAACCUGCCACGGCCUGGCACAAAAGCUUGUACACAUGUUCCUUUUGGUGAGGCUCCGCUUUUAUCUGCGGAAACUCAACCUGUCUGCGAGCAAGAAGCCAAGCGCAAAAUGCGGGAGUCGCAGCGUGGCAAUGAGAGUUCUAACAGAUAAUGUGAAGUGA